UAUCUCCCUCUUCACCUUAUUUUCGAGUAAAUUUAUAGUACUUUGCAAAGUCUUCCUUGAUAGAAAGCAGUUGAGAAGUGGGAACUGGUGCACCAAAAUGUCUUUUUUGCAUUUUUCUUACCCCUGAGAAACAAAGAUUGUUUUAAAUUGUGGUCGCAACCACAAUUUUGUCCCCAUCUUUGACAUUGCAGGAAAUUACAGACAAAUGUGGUCAAUGCAACUACAAUUGCAGUCACGGAGAUCUCAAGAUUGUUUGUAAAAUUGCGGUACAAGGGCAGACACUGAUGUAGCAAGGAUAUAUUCUUACUUUGCAUGAGAUGAACUGGCCUACCUUAACUUUCACAAUAGGAAUUUGCAUAGGCUUUGUGGUUGGGGUGAGUUUGGCAUUAUCGAUUGUAUCCUGCGUCAUACGUGGAAGGAAGCGCACAGACAUUGAGAGGAGCAGUUCUCACAGUGCAGUGACCAUUCCUGUUCAGGUCCAAGUGGUUGAUUCUAACUCAACAUUAUCAGAGGGUCAGGAAUCACCCAGAACAUCUGAGUGGAGUAACACAUCUAUAUGGUUGGAAAGACUUAGGAGGAAUAGUUCAGUGUCAGCAUGUGGAAUUCCCAAGUAUUUUUACAAAGAUAUACAAAAGGCUACUUCUAAUUUCACAACCAUCAUAGGCAAUGGAGCAUUUGGUCCUGUUUAUAAAGCGCAGAUGGAUACAGGUGAGACAGUUGCUGUUAAAGUUCUUGGCACUAAUUCAAGGCAAGGGGAACAGGAGUUUUUAACUGAGCAGGUUUUAUUACUUGGAAGAUUACAUCACAAAAGCCUUGUGGAUUUGGUGGGAUAUGUGGCAGAAAGAGGAAAACAUAUGCUUCUUUACAUUUACAUGAGCAAUGGCAGUCUUGAUUCCCAUUUAUAUGCUGAUUUGGGAAAAAAUCACAAGCCAUUGAGCUGGGAUUUGAGGCUUAGCAUAGCGCUAGAUGUUGCAAGAGGACUGGAAUAUCUACAUCAUGGGGCUUCUCCACCUGUUGUGCACCGUGACAUCAAAUCUUGCAAUAUACUGUUGGACCAGUCUAUGAGAGCCAAGGUCACUGAUUUUGGGCUUUCCAGACCAGAGAUGAUCAAACCUCGCACAUCAAAUGUCAGAGGAACUUUUGGAUAUGUUGAUCCCGAGUAUUUGUCUACAAGAACCUUCACUAAGAAAAGCGAUGUUUAUAGUUUUGGUGUGCUACUGUUUGAACUUAUCACUGGCAGGAAUCCACAGCAAGGGCUCAUGGAAUAUGUAAAACUAGCAGUCAUGGAAAGCGAGGGUAAGGUUGGAUGGGAAGAAAUUGUGGACCCACAAUUAAAUGGAAAAUAUGAUGUGCAUAAUCUUCAUGACAUGGCUUCACUUGCAUUCAAAUGUGUUAAUGAAGUCUCCAAAAGCCGACCUUCGAUGUGCGAAAUUGUUCAAGAAUUAUCUCAGAUUUGUAAGAGGCAAAUUAAAGAUCAUGGUGGAACAUCUCCUGCUGCAUUGAAGGAAGUGUCCAUUGAAGUGGGCCAGACUGAAAUUCAGGACUUCUCAUCAAUUGAGAGUUCAAAGAUGGUGCGCAGAUUGCAUAGCCGAUGAUCUUUAAGGCUCUGCUAGUGCUUUUGGAUGUGUGAAUAUCUGCGUUCUAUUUUGUUUACUUAGUCAACAAUAUUACUUCUUUACCAUACUGGGAUUAUGAAAUAGAUGAUUGCAUAGCCGAUUAAUCUUUAUGAAUCUGCUAGUGCUUUUGGAUGAUUAAAUAUCUGCUUUA